AAUGGCAACACGCUGUAAUAUAGAACUCGGAAAUGACAGAUACGUACAGGCCACAGAGUGGAAAGAUCAGUUAAGGAUAGAUAUCAGAGAAUGGGAAACCAAAAAUGGAAAAAGGAUGCCCACGAAAAAAGGAAUCAGCCUACCUCUUAAUAGAUGGAAGAUGUUGGUAGAUAGUUUUGACUAUUUGGACCAGGCUCUUGUCGAAAAUAAUACCUACACAACACACGUUGGAGGAAAUGUAUAUGCUAGUAUAACGACAAACAGUGUGUGCGUUGAUUUAAGAAAGAACUGGCUCCCACCCAACCAGACAGAAGUCGUUCCGACCAAGAAAGGGAUAACACUGAGACCUAUGGAAUACACUAAAUUAAAAGAGGCAGUCAGUGUAAUUGGUGACUUUGUUCCAGAACUGAACACUGUUGUACCAUGUCCAUUCAGUUACGACCAUCAAAACCAAUUGGAAUUCCUGCGGUGUUCGGAAUGCAACCCUGAUGGUUUUACCGAAUGA